UUGUCUUCUUGUUUCACAAAAUAAAAUAUUUUGCAUCUUCAAAUUGGUAGGCAUGUUGUGUAAAUCAAAUGAUACACCCCCCUAAAAAAUCUAUUUUAAUUCCAGGUUGUAAGGGAACAAAAUAUGAAGAACGCCAAAGGGGGGUGAAUACAGCAAGCCACUGUAUCCCGCUUAAGGUCUUGUUCAGGAUAAGCCACUGUAUCCCGCUUAAGGUCUUGUUCAGGAUAAGCCACUGUAUCCUGCUUAAGGUCUUGUUCAGGAUAAGCCACUGUAUCCCGCUUAAGGUCUUGUUCAGGAUAAGCCACUGUAUCCCGCUUAAGGUCUUGUUCAGGAUAAGCCACUGUAUCCCGCUUAAGGUCUUUUUCAGGAUAAGCCACUGUAUCCCGCUUAAGGUCUUGUUCAGGAUAAGCCACUGUAUCCCUCUUAAGGUCUUGUUCAGGAUAAGCCACUGUAUCACACUUAAGGUCUUGUUCAGGAUAAGCCACUGUAUCCUGCUAAAGGUCUUGUUCAGGAUAAGCCACUGUAUCCCGCUUAAGGUCUUGUUCAGGAUAAGCCACUGUAUCCCGCUUAAGGUCUUGUUCAGGAUAAGCCACUGUAUCCCGCUUAAGGUCUUGUUCAGGAUAAGCCACUGUAUCCCGCUUAAGGUCUUGUUCAGGAUAAGCCACUGUAUCCCGCUUAAGGUCUUGUUCAGGAUAAGCCACUGUAUCCCGCUUAAGGUCUUGUUCAGGAUAAGCCACUGUAUCCCGCUUAAGGUCUUGUUCAGGAUAAGCCACUGUAUCCCGCUUAAGGUCUUGUUCAGGAUAAGCCACUGUAUCCCGCUUAAGGUCUUGUUCAGGAUAAGCCACUGUAUCCCGCUUAAGUUCUUGUUCAGGAUAAGCCACUGUAUCACGCUUAAGGUCUUGUUCAGGAUAAGCCACUGUAUCACGCUUAAGGUCUUGUUCAGGAUAAGCCACUGUAUCCCGCUUAAGGUCUUGUUCAGGAUAAGCCACUGUAUCCCGCUUAAGGUCUUGUUCAGGAUAAGCCACUGUAUCCCGCUUAAGGUCUUGUUCAGGAUAAGCCACUGUAUCCCGCUUAAGUUCUUGUUCAGGAUAAGCCACUGUAUCCCGCUUAAGGUCUUGUUCAGGAUAAGCCACUGUAUCCCGCUUAAGGUCUUGUUCAGGAUAAGCCACUGUAUCCCGCUUAAGGUCUUGUUCAGGAUAAGCUGUUUACAUGCACCUUUGAUAUCCCGCUCACGAAUAUCCCGGUUUCUAUGAAUAAACUGAAUAUUCCUCAUUUUAAAUUCAUAUGGGUUAAAUGGAAUAGUAACUGAAAUCUGGACACUGACAGUAGGUCUAUAACCUCACAUGUAGAGUAAUAUAAUUUUAACUCCUGCAGAAUUAAGCAUUUCUUACAGUAAAAUUGAAACUUAUUUUUUUUGUGCAUGUAAUGUGAUUUCUUUCAGCAUCGCUUAAGAAAACAAGUUACACGUGCAUUUGCAUUAUCUUUGACACUUAUGCAAGCAGACAGUAUUUCAACCACAAAAUAUGCACCCAAGACGAACUGAAGUCUUAUCAGAAACGUGUUUAAUCAUUUUCUCAGCUACCUAAACAAAAUAGACAACUUUACUGGUGUCAACUACUGUAGAUUACUAGUGCAUUCAUUCUGGUGAACACUACUUUAGUCUUCUGAGCAACACGUUAUGACAAGAAGAGAAGCUGCAUGUAUCUAACUAUAGUUGACAAAUGGCCUACCAAAGUUUGGAAAUUAUAGGCAGAAAAGUAUCCAAAUUAGGGGUGAAAGUAGCAUAAGCCAGUAGGCUAUACUGUUGUAUCAGCAAAAUACAUGGUUAUGGAGGAUCGAGCAACACAGCUAUAACAUACUCUUUUUAAAUGAUUUGUUUGACAAUCAGAUGAAAACAUCACAAAAUCCAUAUGUGAAACAGUCCCUGCGGAGACGGUGGAAAACAGUAAAAGGGAUAAGACGUUUACAUGCCACAGUAUCCUGUCAGAAAGAAACAUAUCCCAGGCUUCUUCUCGGGGUUUCGCAUAACCGGGAUACAAGCUUUUUCCUGUUAUUGUAAACGGGAUAUGAUGUUUAUAUGCGUAAACUAAAAAACAGAAUAAUUGAGUAUCAAGAAUAAUAAGAGGAUAUUGGUGUGCAUGCAGAUGUGGUCACAUGUUGUUUUGGCACACCUUUAAUCAUACAGUAUGACCACCUGCUGAUGUCCCCUUCCUCAAGUCCGACUGCAUGUCAU